AUGGGUUUAGUUUCUUUGGGUGGACAUGAUAAACCUGUGGAGUCCCUGUCAGCCUCCCAGUCAGCCACCACCAGUCAGCCUCCCAGUCAGCCCCAGGAGGAGGACUCAACCAGGUGGGAGGAGCCUCAACCAGCCCCAACCAGUCAGCCUGGUGGAGCCCCAGGACUGGUCAGGGGAGGAGUCAUCCUCAACCAUCCCCAACCAGGACUCCUCAACCAGCCCCAACCAGUCAUCCUCAACCAGCCCCAACCAGUCAUCCUCAAACAGGUGGGUCAUCCCCAACCAGUCAGCCCCAACCAGUCAGCCCCAACCAGCCAUCCCCAACCAGUCAUCCUCAACCAGCCCCAACCAGUCAUCCUGGAGGAGCCCCAACCAGUCAUCCUCAACCAGCCCCAACCAGUCAGCCCCAACCAGCCAUCCCCAACCAGCCAUCCCCAACUGGCCAUCCCCAGGAACCAUCCCCAACUAGGAGCCUCAACCAGCCCCAACCAGUCAGCCUCAACCAGCCCCAACCAGUCAUCCUCAACCAGCCUCAACCAGUCAGCCUCAACCAGUCAGCCUCAACCAUCAGCCUCAACCAGCCCCAACCAGUCAUCCUCAACCAGCCUCAACCAGUCAGCCUCAACCAGCCCCAACCAGUCAGCCUCAACCAGCCCCAACCAGUCAGCCUCAACCAGUCAUCCUCAACCAUCCCCAACCAGUCAUCCUCAACCAGCCUCAACCAGUCAUCCUCAACCAGCCCCAACCAGUCAUCCUCAACCAGCCCCAACCAGUCAUCCUCAACCAGCCCCAACCAGUCAGCCCCAACCAGUCAUCCCCAACCAGCCCCAACCAGUCAGCCUCAACCAGUCAGCCUCAACCAGUCAGCCCCAACCAGUCAGCCUCAACCAGUCAGCCCCAACCAGUCAGCCUCAACCAGUCAUCCUCAAACAGCCCCAACCAGUCAGCCUCAACCAGUCAGCCUCAACCAGUCAGCCCCAACCAGUCAGCCUCAACCAGUCAUCCUCAAACAGCCCCAACCAGUCAGCCUCAACCAGUCAGCCUCAACCAGUCAGCCCCAACCAGUCAGCCUCAACCAGUCAGCCUCAACCAGUCAGCCCCAACCAGUCAGCCCCAACCAGCCCCAAUCAGCCAUCCCCAACCAGUCAGCCCCAACCAGUCAUCCCCAACCAGUCAUCCCCAACCAGUCAUCCCCAACCAGUCAUCCUCAACCAGCCCCAACCAGUCAGCCCCAACCAGUCAUCCUCAACCAGCCCCAACCAGUCAUCCUCAACCAGCCCCAACCAGUCAGCCUCAACCAGCCAUCCCCAACCAGUCAGCCCCAACCAGUCAGCCCCAACCAGUCAUCCUCAACCAGCCUCAACCAGUCAUCCUCAACCAGCCCCAACCAGUCAUCCUCAACCAGCCCCAACCAGUCAGCCCCAACCAGUCAGCCCCAACCAGUCAGCCUCAACCAGCCCCAACCAGUCAGCCCCAACCAGUCAUCCUCAACCAGCCCCAACCAGCCAUCCCCAACCAGCCAUCCCCAACCAGCCAUCAACCAGUCAGCCUCAACCAGCCCCAACCAGUCAUCCUCAACCAGCCCCAACCACUCAGCCUCAACCAGCCCCAACCAGUCAGCCUCAACCAGCCUCAACCAGUCAUCCUCAACCAUCCCCAACCAGUCAUCCUCAACCAGCCCCAACCAGUCAUCCUCAACCAGCCCCAACCAGUCAUCCUCAACCAGCCCCAACCAGUCAUCCUCAACCAGCCCCAACCAGUCAGCCCCAACCAGCCCCAACCAGUCAUCCCCAACCAGUCAUCCCCAACCAGUCAUCCCCAACCAGUCAUCCUCAACCAGCCCCAACCAGUCAGCCCCAACCAGCCCCAACCAGUCAGCCCCAACCAGUCAUCCCCAACCAGUCAUCCCCAACCAGUCAGCCUCAACCAGCCAUCCCCAACCAACCAGCCCCAACUAGUCAGCCUCAACCAGCCCCAACCACUCAGCCUCAACCAGCCCCAACCAGUCAGCCUCAACCAGUCAUCCUCAACCAUCCCCAAUCAGUCAUCCUCAACCAGCCCCAACCAGUCAUCCUCAACCCGCCCCCAACCAGUCAGCCUCAACCAGUCAGCCUCAACCAGCCCCAACCAGUCAGCCUCAACCAGCCCCAACCAGUCAGCCUCAACCAGCCCCAACCAGUCAGCCUCAACCAGUCAGCCUCAACCAGUCAGCCUCAACCAGCCCCAACCAGUCAGCCUCAACCAGCCCCAACCAGUCAGCCUCAACCAGCCCCAACCAGUCAGCCUCAACCAGCCCCAACCAGUCAUCCUCAACCAGCCUCAACCAGUCAGCCCUCAACCAGUCAUCCUCAACCAGCCCCAACCAGUCAGCCUCAACCAGCCCCAACCAGCCAGCCUCAACCAGCCCCAACCAGCCAGCCCCAACCAGUCAUCCUCAACCAGUCAUCCUCAACCAGCCCCAACCAGUCAGCCUCAACCAGCCCCAACCAGUCAGCCUCAACCAGUCAGCCCCAACCAGUCAUCCUCAACCAGCCCCAACCAGUCAGCCCCAACCAGUCAUCCUCAACCAGCCCCAACCAGUCAUCCUCAACCAGCCCCAACCAGUCAUCCCCAACCAGUCAUCCCCAACCAGUCAUCCUCAACCAGCCCCAACCAGUCAGCCCCAACCAGUCAGCCCCAACCAGUCAUCCCCAACCAGCCAGCCUCAACCAGCCCCAACCAGUCAUCCUCAACCAGCCCCAACCAGUCAGCCUCAACCAGCCCCAACCAGUCAGCCCCAACCAGUCCCAACUAGUCAUCCCCAACCAGUCAUCCCCAACCAGUCAGCCUCAACCAGCCCCAACCAGUCAGCCCCAACCAGUCAUCCCCAACCAGUCAUCCUCAACCAGCCCCAACCAGUCAUCCUCAACCAGCCUCAACCAGUCAGCCUCAACCAGCCCCAACCAGUCAGCCCCAACCAGUCAUCCUCAACCAGCCCCAACCAGUCAUCCUCAACCAGCCCCAACCAGUCAUCCUCAACCAGCCCCAACCAGUCAUCCUCAACCAGCCCCAACCAGUCAUCCUCAACCAGCCCCAACCAGUCAGCCUCAACCAGCCCCAACCAGUCAUCCCCAACCAGUCAUCCUCAACCAGCCCCAACCAGUCAGCCCCAACCAGUCAUCCCCAACCAGUCAGCCUCAACCAGCCCCAACCAGUCAGCCCCAACCAGUCAUCCCCAACCAGUCAGCCUCAACCAGCCCCAACCAGUCAGCCUCAACCAGCCCCAACCAGUCAUCCUCAACCAGCCUCAACCAGUCAGCCUCAACCAGCCCCAACCAGUCAGCCCCAACCAGUCAUCCCCAACCAGUCAUCCCCAACCAGUCAGCCUCAACCAGCCAUCCCCAACCAGUCAGCCCCAACCAGUCAUCCUCAAACAGCCCCAACCAGUCAGCCUCAACCAGUCAGCCUCAACCAGUCAGCCCCAACCAGUCAGCCCCAACCAGUCAGCCCCAACCAGUCAGCCCCAACCAGUCAGCCCCAACCAGUCAGCCCCAACCAGUCAGCCCCAACCAGUCAUCCCCAACCAGCCAUCCCCAACCAGCCAUCCCCAACCAGCCAUCCCCAACCAGCCAUCCCCAACCAGCCAUCCCCAACCAGCCAUCCCCAACUAGUCAGCCUCAACCAGCCCCAACCAGUCAGCCUCAACCAGCCCCAACCAGUCAUCCUCAACCAGCCUCAACCAGUCAGCCUCAACCAGUCAGCCUCAACCAGUCAGCCUCAACCAGUCAGCCCCAACCAGUCAGCCCCAACCAGCCAUCCCCAACCAACCAGCCCCAACUAGUCAGCCUCAACCAGCCCCAACCAGUCAUCCUCAACCAGCCUCAACCAGUCAGCCUCAACCAGCCCCAACCAGUCAGCCUCAACCAGCCCCAACCAGUCAGCCUCAACCAGUCAUCCUCAACCAUCCCCAACCAGUCAUCCUCAACCAGCCUCAACCAGUCAUCCUCAAAGAGCCCCAACCAGUCAUCCUCAACCAGCCCCAACCAGUCAUCCUCAACCAGCCCCAACCAGCCAUCCCCAACCAGUCAGCCCCAACCAGUCAUCCUCAACCAGCCCCAACCAGUCAUCCUCAACCAGCCCCAACCAGUCAGCCCCAACCAGUCAGCCCCAACCAGUCAUCCUCAAACAGCCCCAACCAGUCAGCCUCAACCAGUCAGCCUCAACCAGUCAGCCCCAACCAGUCAGCCUCAACCAGUCAGCCCCAACCAGUCAGCCCCAACCAGCCCCAAUCAGCCAUCCUCAACCAGCCCCAACCAGUCAGCCCCAACCAGUCAGCCUCAACCAGCCCCAACCAGUCAUCCCCAACCAGUCAGCCCCAACCAGUCAGCCUCAACCAGCCCCAACCAGUCAGCCCCAACCAAUCAUCCUCAACCAGCCCCAACCAGUCAUCCUCAACCAGCCCCAACCAGUCAGCCUCAACCAGCCAUCCCCAACCAGUCAGCCCCAACCAGUCAGCCCCAACCAGUCAGCCCCAACCAGUCAUCCUCAACCAGCCUCAACCAGUCAUCCUCAACCAGCCCCAACCAGUCAUCCUCAACCAGCCCCAACCAGUCAGCCCCAACCAGUCAGCCCCAACCAGUCAGCCCCAACCAGUCAGCCUCAACCAGCCCCAACCAGUCAGCCCCAACCAGUCAGCCCCAACCAGUCAGCCUCAACCAGCCCCAACCAGUCAGCCCCAACCAGUCAGCCCCAACCAGUCAUCCCCAACCAGUCAUCCCCAACCAGCCAUCCCCAACCAGCCAUCCCCAACCAGCCAUCCCCAACCAGCCAUCCCCAACCAGCCAUCCCCAACCAGCCAUCCCCAACCAGCCAUCCCCAACCAGCCAUCCCCAACCAGCCAUCCCCAACCAGCCAUCCCCAACCAGCCAUCCCCAACCAGCCAUCCCCAACCAGCCAUCCCCAACCAGCCAUCCCCAACCAACCAGCCCCAACCAGUCAGCCUCAACCAGCCCCAACCAGUCAUCCUCAACCAGCCUCAACCACUCAGCCUCAACCAGCCCCAACCAGUCAGCCUCAACCAGCCCCAACCAGUCAUCCUCAACCAGCCUCAACCACUCAGCCUCAACCAGCCCCAACCAGUCAGCCUCAACCAGUCAUCCUCAACCAUCCCCAACCAGUCAUCCUCAACCAGCCCCAACCAGUCAUCCUCAACCAGCCCCAACCAGUCAGCCCCAACCAGCCCCAACCAGUCAUCCCCAACCAGUCAUCCCCAACCAGUCAUCCCCAACCAGUCAUCCUCAACCAGCCCCAACCAGUCAGCCCCAACCAGUCAUCCCCAACCAGUCAUCCCCAACCAGUCAGCCCCAACUAGUCAGCCUCAACCAGCCCCAACCAGUCAUCCUCAACCAGUCAGCCUCAACCAGCCCCAACCAGUCAUCCUCAACCAGCCCCAACCAGUCAUCCUCAACCAGCCCCAACCAGUCAUCCCCAACCAGUCAUCCCCAACCAGUCAUCCCCAACCAGUCAUCCUCAACCAGCCCCAACCAGUCAGCCCCAACCAGUCAGCCCCAACCAGUCAUCCCCAACCAGUCAUCCCCAACCAGUCAUCCCCAACCAGUCAGCCCCAACCAGUCAGCCCCAACCAGCCAUCCCCAACCAGCCAUCCCCAACCAGCCAUCCCCAACCAGCCAGCCCCAACCAGCCAUCCCCAACCAGCCAUCCCCAACCAACCAGCCCCAACUAGUCAGCCUCAACCAACCAGCCCCAACCAGCCCCAACCAGUCAUCCCCAACCAGUCAUCCUCAACAACCAGCCCCAACCAGUCAUCCUCAACCAACCAGCCCCAACUAGUCAUCCUCAACCAGCCCCAACCAACCAGCUCCGCCUCAGACCCAACUAGCCCUCCCAGCUCUGGAGAGACCAUAAUGACUGUA